AUGACCGGCUUCAACAUCCGCAACCAAUCCGAUGUCGUCGGCCUCCAGGUUUUCGUCUCCAAAUACACCAACGGGAGCGACGAAUGGUACCAGGUCCCAAACGACUUCACCAGCGCUGGUCAAUACCACUGGGACCGCAACGGUUGGGAGAUCGUCGCUUUCAAGGACCCCGCCACGGGAGUCAGGCGCGGAUGGACCUUGGAAUCGUCCGCGGCGCCCAAGCUUAGGCGACUAGGUGAGAUUUUAGUUCGGAUAGCGUUUGGAGGCGUCGUUGACUUGCAAAUUCAAAGAACCAAUUCCAAAGCAGUGCUCAUCGAACGCACGCCAGUCUCCAAGUUUUAG